AUGUCCCGCAAAAAAGACACUCCUGCCCUCGCUGCGCGCCAGUUUGCUCUUGACCAUUUGAGCUCGGCCCACGGUCAGCGUAAAGCAAUUUUCACGGAUGGCUCGGUUGUGAACGGCGCGUCGUCUGCAGCUUUCUACAUGCCUCAUAGCGACACUGUGCAGGCUUUCAAGCUGCCCCAUGAAACUUCAUCCACUGAAGGGGAACUGACAGCCACCUAUGAAGCGCUCAACGCCAUGUCCGGUUCACAGGCCGACUCGUGGUCCAUCUUCACGGACAGCAAGUCAGCAUUGGAGAUCUUGGCGUCGUAUCGGUGCAGUGCUAUUUGCGAUCUCCGCACGCUUGUAAUCGCCAGAUACAACGAGCUCCUGGCUUCCGGCCGCAGCGUCCGGCUCCAGUGGGUGCCCAGCCACGUCGGGCUGCCCGGAAAUACCCGUGCCGACCUCGCUGCGAAACGUGCCCACACCACGGCUGCCUUAUGUCUCAGCAUCCGCUGA